UUUAAUGCGUUUGUUUAUGUGAUAUGUGCACUUAAAGUUGGCGUCCAAUUAAAACAUAAUUUCAACAGAAACUAUUGAACGCAUCGAAUUUACUACUAGAGAAUUAAAUCGUUUUCUGAUCAUGUAUAACGCCGAAUGUAUAGCUAUCAAGGAUAUUAAGCCCGGACUGAAAAACAUAAAUGUUAUUUUCAUAGUGCUUGAGGUGGGUGUAGCCACGGUGACCAAGGAGAAUCGGGAGGUGCGCAAUUUCAAAGUAGGCGAUCCCACAGCCAGCAUUAAUGUGUCCAUUUGGGACGAGCCGGGAAAGCUGAUAACGCCCGGCGAUAUCGUAAGACUGACCAAAGGAUAUGCGUCCAUUUGGCGCCACUGUCUCACCCUGUAUUCCGGCAAGAAUGGUGAGGUCUUCAAAGUGGGCGAAUUCUGUAUGAUCUUCAAUGAGGCGCUUAACAUGAGUGAACCGAAAAGAGCCGAUCCCCAGGCGCCCGCACCCCAAGCCGGCAUGGUAGCCGUACAAACUCCGCUGUGACGCCAGUGGGCGUGGUUGCCGGCGCUGUGCAGCCAGCUGUGAAUCCGACACCCGUCGUGGUUGUGCCACCAACCAUAGUGAAGCAAGCGGCACGAGGAGGACGCACAGGAGCCGCUCGAUCUGGAGCCAUGAAAGCAGAUCGCAGAUAAGGAAUCAAAUAACAAUAGCUUAAGGGAACAGCCUCUAAGCAAAUUAAUUAUUAAAGUACGUGACUGUUUUAUUGCGAAUCGUAGACAAGAGAAAAGCAUACAAACAUAUAUAAUAGUAAUUAUAAUAUUAAUGUGAAAUAAAAAACAUUGUAUUUUUGUUUUACAAGCCAA